CUUACAGUCUACCCUGCACUGAGGUCAGAGACCGCUGGGGACAGUCCAGGGGCCUGGAGCAGUUGCCAGCCUGGAGAGAGGCCAAUCCAGACGCAGCUGCGUGCUCCCAGCAGCAAAGGAGGCUCAGGUAAAGUCCAGAAACAGGGAGAUCUUAAGCCAAGUCCAGAGAAAAGGGACAGAAAGACAUGGCCUGGAAAUUGAUACCACUUCUGCUGCUUCUGGCCUGGACAGCCUCCACAUCCAGCGCCCGGGACAGGACAGACCUGCUCAACGUCUGCAUGGACGCCAAGCACCACAAGGCAAAGCCGGGCCCUGAGGACAAGCUGCACGACCAGUGCAGUCCCUGGAAAAAGAACGCCUGCUGCUCGGUCAACACCAGCCGGGAGCUGCACAAGGACACCUCCCUCCUGUACAACUUUAACUGGGACCACUGCGGCAAGAUGGAGCCCGCCUGCAAGCGCCACUUCAUCCAGGACACCUGCCUCUAUGAGUGCUCCCCCAACCUGGGGCCCUGGAUCCAGCAGGUGGACCAGAGCUGGCGCAAAGAGCGUUUCCUGGACGUGCCCCUGUGCAAAGAGGACUGUGAGAGCUGGUGGGAGGCCUGCCGCACCUCCUACACUUGCAAGAGCAACUGGCACAAGGGCUGGGACUGGACCUCAGGGUCUAACAAGUGUCCAGCUGAGGCCACCUGCCGCACAUUUGAGUCCUACUUCCCCACGCCUGCUGCCCUGUGUGAGGAACUCUGGAGUCACUCCUACAAGGUCAGCAACUACCGCCGAGGGAGUGGCCGCUGCAUCCAGAUGUGGUUCGACCCGGCCCAGGGCAACCCCAACGAGGAGGUGGCGAGGUUCUAUGCCUUGGCCAUGACUGCUGGGGCCAUGUCCCAUGGGAUGGGGCCUCUCCUGCUCAGCCUGGCCCUGAUGCCGCAGCUCUGGCUCCUUGGCUGAGCCCAGCCCUCCACAGACAUCCCCUCUGCCUGUCCCCAGCUUUGAUGACCAGGCUAGGCUCAGCUCAGCUCCUAAGCAUGCCUUCAUCCACUACCCAUCCCUCUGUCAUCCAGUUCCUGCUCCAUGGCGGGGUUCGGGGGUUCUCUGACAGCCAGUUCCAAUAAAAAGAACAACACAACCACGUCUGAUGAA